CCCAGACACAGGCUAUGUGGUUGGAACAUGUCACUGGGCACUUUAAAGAAGACAGAGGGGCGAGAAUGAGGAGAGAGAGAGAGAGAGAGAGAGAGCGAGAGAGAGAGAGAGGGAGGGAGGAAGAGAUUGCACAAGAGAACGACAUUGUGAUGUGUGAGUAGAAAGACAAGAGUGACGGAAGAAGUCUUCUAAACUCGUCCGUCCAGCAGAGGAGACUGCAAUGUGGUUCCUCUCAGGGACCCCCUGCUACCCGUACUGAGCGAGGCUCCUCAGAGAUAUUGUGGUCAUGGCCAUGGAGAUCCGGGUGUCCCUGUUCGUCCUCGUGGUUCUGUGUUCGGUGCUCGCAGAACACUCUCACAAAGACCUGCGAGGCCUCUCCUGCGUGAAUGACUUUGUCAACAAUGUCAGCUGUUCAUGGGAGCACUCUGCCGUGGCUCCCGGGGCGGACUGCCGGAUCUUUUGUAUGAAGAAAACCUGGGUCCUCACGGACAGCAAGAUGCUUCAGAAAACCAUCACUCGAAGCUGCAAGCUGAAACAACACCGGAACUCCACUUCAGGCUGCAGUUUUGUCUUUGAAAAUGAAGAGUUCAACCCUUACCAAGACACGCUCUACAUACGGGUGGAGUGCAACGGGACGAUGGUGGAGAACCUCACCAACUACUCAGCAUACCAUCACAUCAAAAUGCAUCCUCCAGGGGUCCCCAAUGUCAGCAGCACUGCCAAUGAGACGAGGAUAUCAUGGAGUCGGGGCAAUCCUUCCUCUGACUACCUCACGUCUCUCCACUUCCAGGUUCAGAUCAAACAGAAAAACAAGUGGUGGAACCGGAGCAGCACCUUGUCCACUCCAGAGCAAGAGCUCAGCGUACCUGCUGGGCAGCUACAGGGGCUCUGCCAGGUCCGGGUGAGAGUCAAACCCGGGGUUCAAGGUAGCCACUGGAGCAACUGGGGUCCAAUAACAUCCUUCUUGGGCGCGACAGACGUGGCGACACCUUCACGGGGUCAAGAGCUUCUGGGUCAGACGUCACUGGUCAUGAGGGGAGUGAUGUUCAGCUUGGGUGUCGUCAUUGUGACGCUCGUCCUCUACAGGAGUUGUGCGAUCAGAAGGUUCCUCAAAGGGAACCCAGUACCAAACCCGUCUAAAUAUUUCCACACUCUCCACUCUGUACACGGAGGAAAUCUAAAGAAAUGGCUGAAUCCUCCGUCGGCCUCUGAGCCGUUCUUCACACCCCAGCAGUGUGACAGCAUCUCCCCGGUUGACAUCUGCGAAAGCUGCGAUGUUGUACCCUCCACCUCUCCCUCCUCCGGCUCCACCACAGCCCUUCUUCACUCCGGGAGCCACCCUUCGGCCGGCUCAGACACCAGCGGGGUUGUCGACAAUUCCUCCUCCUCCUCCUCCUCUUCAUCCUGCUUCUCCAACAUGGGCUACUUCAUGUCCAGCUCCUCCGGCAGCUCGGCACGAACUGACCCCAAUUCCGCUUACUUCACCUACCGGGAGGAUUUCAACAGCCUCAACCUCCGCCUCUCCCUCCGCCCUUCUCUGGACACCUUUCUGACCUAUGAGAGCUUGAAGAGGGAGCCGCAGAGCCCAGACUCUGGCUUUGGCAUCGGAAGGGAAGAUGAAGAUAAAAGUGUUGCUAUCGUAGAAGAGGACGAGGUUUCAGACGAUGACCCGGGCCCUCCUCUUCUCAUUCUCUCUCUUCAUCGCCCUUCCCAGAUGUGCCCAACCUCCUCUGCUCCACCCCCUCCGAACACUCCCACUCUAACUCUGAUAUCCUCUGAUAGCCAGCGGGUGGAGGUACCUGUGGCAGCUGCUGGUGGCAGCUAUGCGGUCCGGCCUCUGGCUGGAGCCAUGUACAGGUCUUCCUCCAUGCCCGUGGAGCCCUGUAAAACCGGGUAUCUGACCCUCAAAGAGCUGCAGGCUACAUUCAGCAAUAAAUCAAUAUGAAAUAUCAGUAAUGUAUCGCAAAGAAUCCCUGUGCAACAACCUUGUUUUUACUUUUUUUUUAAAAAUGUGUUUACAUGCCAAGCGACCUGACUGAUUGUUUAUUGUUUAUUGUUUUUAAAUUCCAUGAUUUCUGUGCUUGAUUGAUUUGUGAGUCUGUGACAGCAGAACAAGCCGACAGCACAUAACUGACUUUUGACGCCAACAUCAACAUUGAAUAGAAGAGAUGGAGUCCAACAUAUGAGGGAGACGAUAAGUCAACCAGUUGUGUAAACUGGUUAUAGACGUACUGACUGGGAGCGCUGGGUCCUUAUUUAGCUGAUACGCAUGUAGAAUGGUAAACAAUACCUCAUUGUUGAAUGUGUCCAACAUGCUUAUUUUUCACAAGUCUUUCAAAGCAUGAAAGUUGACAAUACAUUAAAGUAAAUGCUUGUGCAGUUAUUAAUAACUGUGUUUUUUUUUUAAUUACAGUUGUGUGCUUUGUUUUUAAUUACUUUAAAUUAAAUCUUACAAAGACAUGUUGUGAGAGUGCUUUAAAACUAUUAAUAUCAUCAUAAAAUUCAAAUAAAAAAAAUCUUCAUUCCUGCAGGCAGAUCUGGGAUUUUGAAAGCAGUGAAACGUGAUUUAAACGUGUUGUGAUGAUGUAAAUAGUGAUGAAUUACUUAUAAUAGAGAACAUAUGAGCAUUGCUUUGGAGUCAUGCAAAGACGGUGUAGUGCAUGACGUCUGUUAUCGCUCGCACGACCCAAGCUGGCGGUUCAGGGUGUGAAGCUGGCCAACUUUGAAGCAUUUCAUUAAUUGAUUUUAGUUUAUAUUGUAUCUGCUGUCAAAAGAAAGGUUUGCCACUGAGGUGUUUGCUUUGUGAAACUUAAUACAUCAUUCCAUGCUGUUUAGGAGAUCAAGUUCAUCAGAGUGAACGAUUAUUUCACAAACGGAUCUUCCACUUGAUAACAUUCAAUUAAAGAAUUGGUGUCGCGUCGACAAGUAUUAGUAUAAUAUUUAUUCGAUCGCUAUUUCUAGAUCCAUGACAAUCAUUGGGGUCAGUGGUAAAUGUCGCUUGUCUCUACACAUGCAGUAUAUUUCCGAUGCAGCCUGUUGUGACAUCUGUGCAGAGACCCAACAAAAUAAAACUGCUGGUAGAAAUGGGU